AUGCGCCUCUGUUCCCUCCUCCCCCUGUUCCUCUUUGGCCCGGCCGCCGCCAGUACGCUGAACAUCACAACCCUCGGUGCCAAAAACCGCCGCUCCACACUCGAAUGCUGGGCACUCGAGCCAGGGUUCAAGAUCUCCUCGCAGACCGGCACGUCUGGCUCCCAGGUUCUAAAUCUCGGCCCCAUUGGCGGCGGUUGUACGGGGAAUGCGUCGUACGCUGUCCUUCCGGCCGGAUUCGAUGGCGGCCAGCACAACGCGCCCGCGCAGCAAUGGGUUAUCUUCCUCUCCGGCUUGGCGCACAUCACUCUGCCCGACUCUACAAAUGAUGCCUGGAUCUCCGGCGGCAGGCACGGCGCCAUCCUGGCGCUGGACACCGCAGAUCUGAGUAGCCUGGGCCACAUCACCAAGUACCCAUCUGGGGAGCAGACAAUUGCUAUGCAGAUUCCCCUAGGCGCCGGGGGUAUACCGCCGCACCGUGUGCUGCAUUCGGGCGCUUGUCAGGAGGAGGAGUUGCUUCAUUAA